AUCGCGGUGUGUGCACGUACAAUGUACGCAGCUAGGAAUGUAUUCGCUACAAGCAGGACAUGUAUCCGCUGUAUCACAAACAGAUCCUUCGCUUCCAAGACAGAGGGAGAGUACAAGAUAACUCAGGUGCUGAAAGCCAAGUUUCCGCUGGCCUCACAUGUUAGAGUAGUUGAUAUUUCAGGUGGCUGUGGAGCAAUGUAUGAAAUCCACAUAGAAUCUGAAGAAUUUAAAGACAAACGUACAGUGCAGCAGCAUAAGAUGGUGAAUGAGGCACUGCAAGAGGAGAUUAAAGCCAUGCAUGGACUGAGAAUAUUUACCACCGCUCCCAAACACUGACAAGGACCUCAGAAGAGAGCAGCCAAACAUGUUCCAGAAUCACACUAACAAUGAAGUCUGUCCUGCUGGACACUAGAACGCAUUCAAUGCUUCCAUAUAAUGAUGCAUCACAGGGAAAAAAAGUUAUAUUUGCUCUGUUAAAUGUUUAUCUUAAAUGUAUUCAAACAAAUAUAACCCAGGCUCCUAAACAUGAUCUUAUUUUCUUGAAAUGCACACAAUAAACUGCAGACUUAAGCAUCAGAGAUAAGGUAAAAUAUUUUGUGCUUUUUCCUGUUAAAUAACAACCCCCAAUAUUGUAAUAAAUAUAUAGGAGAUACACUGCUGCUAAAUUGUGAAUAUAUUAUAUCAUUUGUUUUAGAUGUAAUUCAUAUUUGUUUCAAUGCUAUGCACAGAAAGACUGAUUAAAGGGGAUGUAUAUCCUACCAUAUAAUUUAAUGUCAAA